AUGAGGAGUACCACGGCGUCGCCGCUGGCUCUUCUGGCGCUGACCUGCGCUGUGCUGGGCGCUCAGGCCAGUGUGAUUGUGUUCCGCGAGAGUGGAGGGGUGCAGUGCGGCACAGGUCGCUCCUGUGUCUCAGCCCUCGCCUGUCCGGAGAUCAUCUCUGUCCACCAGCUGGUGGGGAGGCCCAUCUGUGGGUUCAGCGGUCGGAUCCCCUUCAUCUGCUGCAGGCUGAGGUCGGGCGGCGAUGGGCAGUCGGGAGAUGUGACCUCAGACGAGCGACUAACCUCCAGUUCGAUAGUCUCUGACGGACAGCUGCCACCUCCGGAUGCUGCUGGGCAGCGUUCACCUCUGGCUCCUGAUGCGUUCGCUGAAGAGACGACCGAAACUGAACCGGAGGACGAGGAGGAUGCUGAGUGGGACGAUGGCUCGUGUGGAUUGGUAUCGUUGAGCUCAGCUCUGCAGCGACAAAGGAGGGACACCUCUUCCGCUCCACUCCAGCCUGUGGAGGAGGUGAUACCUCCACCGGAGACCGACCGAUUUCGGACCGAGGUGGUACAGGGCAGAGGCGUGGACCAGCCCGGUCGCUGGCCCUGGAUGGCCGCUGUGGGUCGGCAGAGGCCCGGCGACCCCACUCCGACCUGGCUGUGCGGCGGGGCGCUGCUGAGUGCUCGCUGGGUGGUCACCGCCGCCCACUGUGUACCCACGGACGAUGUGGCCUCUCUCAGGGUUAGAGUUGGAGAGCUGCGUCUGUCAGCUCCGGCGGCGGUGGAGCGAGGCGUGACGCGCGUGCUGCGUCACCCGGAGCAGACAGCCGCACUGCACGACCUGGCUUUGCUGCAGAUGAACCGCCCCGUCCGCCGCUCGGAGACGGUGAGCGCCGUGUGCCUGCCGUCUCCCGGUGCCGACUUCACCGGCCUUCCGGUCACCCUCACCGGCUGGGGUCGACUCAGCUUCGGCGGCGCCACGGCCGACGUCCUGCAAGAGGCUCAGCUGCGGGUUACCGACACAGCCCAGUGUGAGGCCGCCUACAGUCGCCUGGCUGGCUUCUCUCACAGUUUCCCUGGAGGUUUCAACGGCUCGGUACUCUGUGCCGGGGACGGACCGACGGGUGGAGAGGAUGCCUGUCAGGGCGACUCGGGAGGUCCGCUUGUGUACCGUGCCGCUGCCACAGGAGGGGAGGCGCAGUACCUGCUGGUGGGGGUGGUGUCCACGGGGAUUGGGUGCGGUAAUCCGCACUUCCCCGGCCUCUACACCCGCGUGGCCAGUUACGUCCCGUGGAUAAGGGCCGUUGUGUUUGGAGAGGAACCUGUAGAAAAGUAAGCGAUAAAUUGGUCAUUGGUCAACGGCAACGCAUUGCAAAAGAAAUACAGCAGAUCGGUAAGAACUAAGAAUCCGAUCCACAGCUGGAUUUAACGGCAGCGAA